AUGCGACAUCUUACUCACUCCCACCAACCCUGGAGAAAUACUCACUCCCAACAACCCUGGAGAAAUACUCACUCCCAACAAUCCUGGAGAAACACUCACUCCCAACAAUCCUGGAGAAACACUCACUCCCAACAACCCUGGAGAAAUACUCACUCCCAACAACCCUGGAGAAAUACUCACUCCCAACAAUCCUGGAGAAAUACUCACUCCCAACAACCCUGGAGAAAUACUCACUCCCAACAACCCUGGAGAAACACUCACUCCCAACAACCCUGGAGAAAUACUCACUCCCAACAACCCUGGAGAAAUACUCAUUCCAACAACCCUGGAGAAAUACUCACUCCCAACAAUCCUGGAGAAAUACUCACUCCCAACAAUCCUGGAGAAAUACUCACUCCCAACAACCCUGGAGAAAUACUCACUCCCAACAACCCUGGAGAAAUACUCACUCCCAACAAUCCUGGAGAAAUACUCACUCCCAACAACCCUGGAGAAAUACUCACUCCCAACAAUCCUGGAGAAAUACUCACUCCCAACAACCCUGGAGAAACACUCACUCCCAACAAUCCUGGAGAAACACUCACUCCCAACAAUCCUGGAGAAAUACUCACUCCCAACAAUCCUGGAGAAAUACUCACUCCCAACAAUCCUGGAGAAACACUCACUCCCAACAAUCCUGGAGAACACUCCCAACAACCCUGGAGAAAUACUCACUCCCAACAACCCUGGAGAAAUACUCACUCCCAACAACCCUGGAGAAAUACUCACUCCCAACAAUCCUGGAGAAAUACUCACUCCCAACAAUCCUGGAGAAGUACUCACUCCCACCAACCCUGGAGAAAUACUCACUCCCAACAACCCUGGAGAAAUACUCACUCCCAACAACCCUGGAGAAAUACUCACUCCCAACAACCCUGGAGAAACACUCACUCCCAACAACCCUGGAGAAAUACUCACUCCCAACAAUCCUGGAGAAAUACUCACUCCCAACAAUCCUGGAGAAAUACUCACUCCCAACAACCCCAUACAAUGUAUCAUAUCAACCCUGAACAAAUAUUCUCCCAACAACCCUGGACAUCAUCCCAACAACUUGGAGAAAUAAGAACAACCCUGGAUAUUACUUACUCCCAACAAUACUGUGCUCUCACUCCCAACAACCCUGAGAAACACCAUCCCAACAACAAGUUAUGUUUUUGUCCCAACAACCCUGGAGAAAACUCACUCCCAACAACCCUGGAGAAACACUCACAACAAUCCUGGAGAAAUUCACUCCCAACAACCCUGGAAGCUACAUACUCCCAACAAUCCUGGAGAAACACUGUACUCCCAACAACCCUGGAGAAAUUUUUCACUCUGACAGCUGAGAAUCCCCAACAAUUGGAGAUUUCACUCCCACUGCCCUGGAGAAAUACUCACUCCCAACAACCCUGGUGGUAG